AUGGCUCUCUACAAGAACGGGAACUACUCAGACUUGAAAAUUGUAUGCGGAGAUGACAAACAUUCCGUCCACAAGGCGGUGAAGCCGGAACAGGAUGUCAUUAAUCUGCGAGACGAUAACCCACUAGCCGUCGGCUUGAUGAUCCAUUAUCUCUACCAUUUGGACUAUCCAGCAGUUCAUUCGCAGAUAGGGGCCAACGCUGUCGGCGGACAGGCCGCUUUGCCAGGUCUCUCAGUCCUGAACGAUACUAAUCACGCAGCAAACCCUGCCGCCAACGGCAACCUCCAGUCUCCGAAAACCAUGGAUUACUCAAUGGAAAAGGAGCAAUUUAUUGACACAACAUCCAGAGCAGCCGAUACCGUAGAUGAGCCGAUGUUGAAGCUAUCGAAAAAGAACAAGAAGAAGAAGCGAAACACGACCACGGAACCGGAGCCCGAAUCGCAGUCGGAGCCCAACCUGACUGUCCACGCCUGUAUGUACUCUUUGGGAUCGAAGUACGCCAUCGAAGGACUUAAGUCGCUCUCGGCUGGGAAGUUUGAGAAAGAGAUCGAGCAACACUGGGACACGGAUGAUUUCCUGAAGGCAGCCCAGGAAGCGUAUACGGCUACGGAUAGAAGUGACCGGACCAUGAGGGACGCGGUUCUAAAUGCCAUUAAGACGCAUCCCGAGCUACUGGAGAGGUCAACAGUUCAGGAUGUGAUCAGGGGUUUGGAACUGUCGUUUGAUCUGUUGAUGCAUAUGCGAACUUCGACUGGCUUUGCAACUAUAACGGCGUAUACUGCAGUUAACGAUCAAUGA